AGAUGGCUAAUGGCGUCUUUCAGGCAAUGUUGCCUGUGUGACGUCUAAUCUAAUGGACGGGAAGUUUCUUCAACCACAACUGCGACCUCGGUAGCUUUGCUAGGCGACGUAGCAGGAACAUUUGAGCCCUUUAUACGCUUUCGGUGUUUAUUCGCCACUCUGUUUUAAACACAUUUCUGUCGUAUCUACUAGUUACCCCUUUUAAUAUCAUACGUACGACAGCUUGCUGUCUGGUUAAGGUAGCAGUAGCACUAGGCUAAUUGCUAAUGCUAACUAGCUAACAUCCCCGACCAUGAGUUCAAAAAGCUACCACACCUCCGCUGAAGAGGAGGACUGCUGGACGGAGAGAAACGCUCUCGUGAAAGAGGAGAAGGAAGAAGAGGCUGUCACAGUUAAACAAGAAGUAAAGGAUGAGGCUAUUACAGUGAAAGAGGAAGACGUUUCAGUGAAAAAGGAGGAGGAAGUUAAACAAGAGGGUGCCGUUUGUACAGUGAAAGAGGAGACGACUGUCACGGUGAAAGAAGAGGAAGACGUUUUUGGAGUGAAGGAGGAGGGGGAGAUCACUGUCAUACUGGAGGAGGAAGAAGAGCAGAAUGGAGAUCUGAUUAACACCAGAGAGACACCAGACUCAGAAGAUCCAGAGCAAGAGACGUCUGAACCAGCAAGACGACACCACUGUUCCCACUGUGGAAAGACUUUUACCCAGUUACGGACACUGAAGGUGCAUGAAAGAAUACACACUGGAGAGAAGCCCUACCAAUGUUCCCAGUGUGGAAAGAGUUUUACCCAGCUAGGGAGCCUGAAAAUACAUAAUAGAAUUCACACCGGAGAGAAGCCUUACCAGUGCGCCCAGUGUGGAAAGAGAUGUUCACAGUUAAGUUGCCUGAAAUCACAUGAGAGAAUGCACACAGGAGACAAGCCUCACAAAUGCCUUCAAUGUGGUAAUACUUUUAAGCGGUUAAGUAACCUGAAAGAACAUCAAAGAGUACACACAGGGGAAAAGCCUUACUACUGUUUAUAUUGUGAAAAGCGUUUCAGCUGGGUAAGGCAACUGAAAGAGCAUGAGAGAACACACACCGGAGAGAAGCCCUACCAAUGCUCCCAGUGUGGAAAGAGUUUUACCCAGUUCGGGAGCCUGAAAAUACAUGGGAGAAUCCACACAGGCGAAAAGCCUUUCCAAUGUUCCCAGUGUGGAAAGAGUUUUAACCGGUUAGGUAACCUGAAAUCACACGAGAGGACACACAAAGAAGAAGAGCCACAUCACUGCUCCCAGUGUGGAAAGAAUUUUACCUCAUUACGCUUCCUGAAGAAUCAUGAGCAAAGACACACUGGGGAAAAGCCUUUCCCCUGCUCCCAGUGUGGAAUGACAUUUACCUGGUUACGGCAACUGAAAUCACAUGAAAGAAUCCACACAUGAGAGAAAUGUUACGAAUGCUCCCAGUGUAGAAAGAUAUUUACCCAGUUCAGGCACCUGAAAGACUGAGGUUACACACACAGGGGAGAAGCUUUACUCAUGCUCCCAAUGUGGAGAGUGAUUUUUCACAUACUUACAAUUCAUGAGGUAACACGCACAUUGAGGUAACACACUUCUCAUCCUCAAUUCAUGAGGUAACACGCACAUUGAGGUAACACACUUCUCAUCCUCAAUUCAUGAGGUAACACGCACAUUGAGGUAACACACUUCUCAUCCUCAAUUCAUGAGGUAACACGCACAUUGAGGUAACACACUUCUCAUCCUCAAUUCAUGAGGUAACACGCACAUUGAGGUAACACACUUCUCAUCCUCAAUUCAUGAGGUAACACGCACAUUGAGGUAACACACUUCUCAUCCUCAAUUCAUGAGGUAACACGCACAUUGAGGUAACACACUUCUCAUCCUCAAUUCAUGAGGUAACACGCACAUUGAGGUAACACACUUCUCAUCCUCAAUUCAUGAGGUAACACGCACAUUGAGGUAACACACUUCUCAUCCUCAAUUCAUGAGGUAACACGCACAUUGAGGUAACACACUUCUCAUCCUCAAUUCAUGAGGUAACACACUUCUCAUCUUAUACUGAAAAGUGGUGCUUUGUGGUUUUGUUUAUGCUCUUUUUUUCCAUAUGAAAUCAAAUUGGAGAAAACCUACUCAAAAAUAUAUUUGUAUGUUUUAUGUUUUUAAAUCCCAAGAUAUGAAUUGAAUAUGGAGUGUGUCAGUUUUUAUGUAGAUUCUAUGUACACUCUCUGUGAUUAAAUAGUCUUCUUUUUUUUACUCUG